AUGUUGAAUUGUUAUUCUCAUGAAGCAGCAGCAGCAGCAGCAGCAGCAGUAGUGUGGAAGCGACAAGUUUGUUUGAUAUCAAGCCUCAAUCUUAAAGAAAACAAAGACAUGAAUGGAAACACCGUCUCCCAUCAAUAUAACUUUGAUCUUAGCUCAAGACACACGGAUGGACAGGAGGGGAAAGUCUGUGCUGAAAAACACAAUUUCUUUUCACCUCCAUCUUAUUAUGCAUCAAUAAUUGCAUAUCUCUUUAGCCAGCCAGAAGCUCACCAUGAGCUGGACCCAAGACUUUUUCUCCCUUUCUCACAGAAAACUGAACUGCCACUCCAAAAUAGUGGGCAUAGCCCAUCCUCCUUUAGUAAACUGCCUGUCUGUGGUUUUGGUGAUACCACUCAGUUUCACCAUGAACACUUACAAGCCAAGAGAUCCAGGGUAGAAAACAUUAUCCGAGGAAUGAGCAUCACACCAAACCCUCCAGUACCUGGUCCCUUAGCGAAAGGGGAUCAGCACCACGCUGAGAAAGCAAAGGAAAGCUGUGGAGAAAACAAGAGAAAGCAGAAGCGUCCUCAGCAGCAAAAUCUUCAAGGGGCUUCUUUGGCAAAAGCUGGCCGAAGCAGCAUCCAGUCGGAAGAGUACCUCCAGCUGAAAAAACAGCUCCAUGUUUUGCAAUACCAGCUGAAGCAACUGCGAGAAAUAUUUUUUCAGGCUCAUGAGCUCAGUGUUUCUGGUCCAAGCCAAGAAGAUAUGGAGCAAACAAGGGACACACCUAUAGAGAGGUAUGGGCAAAGUGUGGACAGGAGUCAUCUAGGCCUCAAGGGGGCCCAGCAUAAAGAUAAUCUAUGGAGAAGCAUCCCUAACAUGAGAGGCCCCGGAGUGUCAGAGAAAGAAGCUGGAGUUAUUAAUUCAGAGAUUCCAGCUUCAGGAGAGAGAAACUUUUCAGAGAUAUUAAAGCAAGAGCUAGUUGAAAGGGUGAAACAGGCUGUGGACUCUGUCUUGAAAAAGGUACUAUCUGAAUCACCAGGUCUCCAAUCCCACCAGCCUAAUGACAGCCCAGAGACAGCAUGUGGUGUGGAAAACAUGUCGAGUCAGUGGCUUCCAAAGAUAUCUUCCCCUAAAGGCUCCAUAUCUACCAUCUCAGAAAAGACUUUAGGCUUUUCCACUUACUCCAUCGUCUCAAAAAUGGAGAAGAAGCUCUGCCAAAUCCCACCUGUGAAGCAUCCCUGGAUCUUGACCUCCUCUGAAGUCCCAGGAGGCAGACCUCUUGGCCAAAUGCUACAACGCAGUCCGAAUGAUCAUGGAGGUUACCCCCCUCAAAGAACAGCACCUUCAUCAGAAUCUCAAGAUGUGCCAUGGCAGCCUGUCAAGCUGAAGUCAUCUGUCAUGAGACGGCAACCAUGUCCAGUGGGCUAUAAAUCUGAAAUAGAAAGUCUGGCAUUUGUUGCAGCUUCAGAUGCAGAGUUUGCUGAAAUGCAUGCUAUGGCAGAUGGGACGUACUUCCCCUCAAUACAUAUUCAGGAAACUUUGACACCAGGCCAUCUGAAAAAGGCCAAACUGAUGUUCUUCUUCUCUCGUUACCCCACAUCUUCUCUCCUGAAAGCCUACUUCCUAGAUAUCCAGUUCACACGCUGCAUCACUUCCCAGCUCAUCAAAUGGUUCAGCAACUUCCGUGAAUUUUAUUACAUCCAGAUGGAAAAAUUUGCUAGGCAAGCUGUGUCAGAGGGGGUCAUGGAUUCCAGCGGUCUGAUUGUGACCAGGGACUCUGAGCUCUACCGAAUCCUUAAUAUGCAUUACAACAAAGGGAAUGAUUUUGAGGUUCCUGGUGGUUUCCUGGAUGUUGCUAGUCUGACUCUUCAAGAGUUCUUUAAUGCUCUCAGGGCAGGAAAGGACUCAGACCCCUCCUGGAAAAAACCAAUUUACAAAAUAAUUUCCAAGCUGGACAGUGAGAUCCCAAAUCUGUUCAAAUCCUCCAGUUGCCCCAAGGAACUGAUCCAAAAUUAAUGCAUGAUUAUCAUGAUGACUGACAUGUGACGAUGAGAUUAUAGUCUUAAUUUCCCUUUCCUUGAUAUAAAACUGGUCAGUCAAGAUUCAGCCUCCACUGUGCACCUUGUUUCUUGACCACAUACUGCUUCAGCAAUUCAGAUCUGAAUUCACAAAGAGCACCCUCAGUAUUUCUAGGACUUUAUGAACAUUGAGACUCCCUUUUAAGAAACAGACUUGGCACAGACAGUUUUGGGGCUUUUAUAUGUUUUUCCCCCUAGGCUUUCCAUAUUAUCUUGGUGCACAGCGUGAUGACAAUUAGUAGAAGUUGAAAGUAGC